CCACACCCACACCCUUCAAAAUUUCUUAACUUCGACAUUAACAUAUGAACAUUUGACUUUUUAUACGUCAAAUUCAACAGAUUUUUAUAAUCUUUCAUCAUUUAUUGUCUCAAUAAAUACAUCUAAUGUAUAUCAAUUAACAGAAAAAUUUAAUUGGAAAAAUAUUUUGUUCGUUAUUAUACUAAUUCUAACUGGUAUCAUAUUAUGUAUUAUAUUAUCUAUAUGUGCUUUAAUAAAAUAUCGUCGAAAAAAUGUAGGUGUUUAUGAACUUGAAGUGACACAACGUUUUCGACCGUUAACUGUUGAAUUAUCUCAAUCACCUGGUGAAAAUAAUCAAGAAAUAUUAAAUUCAACAACAAAUAUUUUAAAGAAAUCUAAUAUCAAAUCACAUAAAAGACGAAAAUGUAAAGACUCAUUAUUAUUAAGAUUUGACGAACAACGGGAAUUUUAUAUAUAA